UCACUUGUGGAACUCAGCCUCUCCAGUUUAGGAUUUUGUGUGUAAAAGUUUCCAAUUCAAAAAAGAAAAGCUUACUGAAAUUAGAUAUCCUAAAGGAAGCAGCAGCCAAGAUUAAAAACGAUUAUGCCAUGUUUCAAGUUCAAAUGCAUAAUGAUAGAAUUUUACGUGCUGGAAACAAUACUAACAAAUAGAAACACUGAAAUCCUUAACAACCAAAAAAGUUACAACAAUAAGUCAUUAAAAUGUAAACAAACUCUUAGUAACAUGAAACAGCACAGGCCCCAUAUAAUGUUCUAUUAAACAGAGGUAAUUGCUGCGAGGGGCCUGCAAAUGCUUUACUCUCUUAAGUGGCAUGGAUUUGUCAACCUGGUUAGGUUUAUGUGUAAUAAAAGUUCGACACAGGCACAAAGCUUGGAUCUUAUUCCCAGAAUCCAGCACAAAAGUGAGUGUAAAUUUCAAGCUGGAAAAUACUGUUGGCAGUCCAUAAGAGAGGGCUACUGACUCAGAAAAAGCUAUAAUUCAUGUGCUUCUGGCAAUAGCACUUCCUGAUACAAUUGUCUCUUAGAAUAGGUUAAGAAAUUGGACCAUUUCAUGGGAGUCUUCCAGGGAAUAAAUUAUCAUGAGGUUUGAUACCUUGUUUGGAUGCUGAGUUUGAAGGGUGAUAGACAGAAUGGCUUACUUUGUUAAAUCAGUCGUCUAAAUUUCUUGGUUCAUGACUCAAGGAAUAAAAUAAAUGGCUUGCCCCACCACUUCUUUUUAGAGAAUGAAUUGAACCUCUUUUUUUUUUCUCUUGUAACAAGAUUUUCUAAUAAGUGUUUGCUGCUGCCUCUAUGGAGGGCAUUUUACAAAAGAAGGCCUAGAUGUUUUAGCAGCCCAAAUCAGCUGGCUCUGAACUCCAGCCGCUGACCUGGACACCUCCCCUGUCUGUCAGAAGGGCUUGCUUCAUUCUUCAAUGCGGUUGGGACAGAAUUCAGGAUCCAGAGAGAAGCCUGGGUGAAGGAUGAAAUCAUUGCUGCCAAGAGCUGCCCUGUUAGCCAGAAGGACAUUGGCACUUUAAUGAAGCCAUUUCGCUUUCCCUGGUGUUUUUCCUCGCUUUUACCUGGAAGUGGACUCUUGUUCUAACAUGUAGGUAAUACUAAUCUCCCCUGAGAAAAUGGUAGAUUCAACCUUUCCCCCAAACAUUACGAGCUGUAUAAGUUGGAGAAGAAAGCAAGAACUAGACCCGUAGUGUAUAUCUGAAAGACAAUCAAUCUUCAGAAGGCAGGCCUGACACCACUCUUUGUGACAGUUCUUUAAACGGCAAAGUGAGAGAGCCGAGGUUUGGGUCUCCUAAAGGAAUCGUGGUUAAUAGGCACCGAGGCUGCUCUGCUGUCACCACUGAUCUAUGGCCCCAGGUCUUUUUACUUUAGUUUCAGAGCCUCAUCUCCCUUGAACUCACUCUUGACCCUAGCUUGAGCCCUACUUAGGACCAAGUGAAGACACGGAGCCCACAUGGAAAUGGCCACCACCACCUGUGUUAGGGAGGAGCCCAGGUCGCAUCACAGACCAGGGAGGCUCCCAGUCCCCGUGCAGGCCCUGGGGGAGGACGUGAACUGGAGAGAAGGGCAAUGGUGUGUUGCCUCUUGGAAAGUUCCUGCCUUGUGUCUGGGCUUUGCAGUGUAAGGAGUUGUCGGCUGCCUCUGGCCCUGAAGCCCUGGCUCCUGUUUAAUAUUCUGCCUGCUCCGCUGAUGUUGUGCUUGGCUCCUGUGGGACUGCAACUCACGGCUUGAAACUGGAGCCAAUUUUCUGUCUUCAUCUCUCAGUGUUUUGACUGGAGGCAGAUCCAGUUCAGGCCGAUCAGGGCUGGUGGAAACAACUACCAAGUCUGAGGCUGUCAGAGAUGACUCUGGUUCUGUCCAUGAAUAGAUUCUGCGAGCCCAUUGUCUCAGAAGGAGCUGCUGAAAUUGCCGGGUACCAGACACUAUGGGAGGCUGACAGCUACGGAGGCCCGAGCCCCCAGGGGCCAGCACAGGCUCCUCUGCAAGGAGACCGGGGAGCUGGUCCCCCGCUGGCAGGAUCACAUUACAGGGGAAUUUCAAAUCCUAUAACAACAUCCAAGAUCACAUACUUUAAGAGGAAGUAUGUGGAAGAAGAGGAUUUUCACCCACCACUCAGCAGCUGUAGCCAUAAAACCAUCUCGAUUUUUGAGGAGCGAGCCCACAUCCUUUACAUGUCCUUAGAAAAGCUAAAGUUUAUCGAUGAUCCUGAAGUGUACCUCCGAAGAUCUGUCCUUAUAAACAAUUUGAUGAAAAGGAUCCAUGGAGAGAUUAUCAUGCAGAAUAACUGGUGCUUUCCUGCCUGCUCUUUCAAUGGCACCUCUGCCCAAGAGUGGUUUAUGGCUCAAGACUGUCCUUAUCGAAAACGACCGAGGAUGGCCAAAGAGGAGUGUGAAAAAUUUCAUGCCUGCUGCUUUUACCAAGAAUGUGGUGGUCACUACCUAAAUUUACCCCUUUCUGUCAAUGCUAAUGUCGGAAGUGCCUCCACCACUGCCUCCUCUUCCCCCUCCUCCGCUUCCUCCUCAUCUUCCUCUUCCUCUCCCCCUCUGCCUUUACCGAGUUGUUCCCACCAGGUGGAUUUUGAUGUAGGCAGCGCACCUAUUUACAAGGGUGAUGACCAGAUACCUGCCAAUGAAAUCUUUGUUACCAAUAUCAGGUCCCUUGGUGUUCAGGAAAAGGCCAAAUUAAAUGAUGAGAAAGCAAAUAAUGACACCAACAGGGAUGGCGGCCCCCUAAGCCAUGAACCUGUGGGAAAUGACCUGGCUUUUGAGUGCAAAGGCCAAUUUUAUGAUUAUUUUGAGACUGGAUAUAAUGACAAAAACAAUGUGAGUGAGUCUUGGAAAAAGUCCUUAAGGAAAAAGGAGCCUUCACCAAGUAACAAACUGUGCUGCGGCAAAGGAAGUAACAUAUGAGCCAUCUUUUCACCGAAACUUUGAAGCAUGCACAGCAUGAUCAAUUAGCUCUCAUAAAUUUUAUUUUGAAUGGAUUUUAUAGUUUUGUACAACUGAUAAAAUUAUGCCAUGAACAUGCCGUGUCGUUUUAAUGCCUGGAGAGCAGAUUGCAUAAAACAUCUGUAUAGUCGGCAUCAGCAAGCUACUGAUCAAUGUGGUGAUUUUACCAAGAAAACAGUUGACUUAAUGCUUAAAACUACACCUUAGUUUUCCUACAGAAGAGAUCGGUAGAUUAGACUGGGGGACGAUGUCUCCUUGUGAUAUUUCCUUUACCCCCAAGGAGCCUGUCACUAGCUAAGAAACUUCAACAUGUUUGCCAAUUAAUUAGGUAGUUAUUUGGUAAGCAAAUCAAUAUAACCAGCUAAGGAUGUCUGCUUUUUCUAUAUGAUGCGGUAUUUUUGCUGAACAAAAGACUGAAGACAGGGAGCUGGAUGAAAUGGCUUCAUGGUGCUGUUAAGUAUUUGUAUUUAACAGUCUUGUGUGACAGAUGGAAAUAGGAUGUAACGUAAUGAAACCCACCUGUCUAGGGGCGGCAACGAACAACACACGUGGAGGGUGACCCCUGCAAGUUCUUGGCAAGUUCUUGGCUUGCCUGUGAUGGGUGAUGAGGCUUUUAGAGAGGUGAUACAGGGCGAUUUUUGGUGCCUUACUUUAUCUUAAUUUUUGCCAGUGUGAAAAUUAAGGAUAAAUCAGAGUUACAGCAGGGAUUCAACAAACAGGAAAAAAACAAAAACACAGGGUGGAUCAAUAUUGUUUGGAAACUGUUAACUUCGAGCUGUUGCGUUCAACUUUUGAUUCGACAUCUCUAUUCUUCCUUUAUUUUUGAUGCCCAAUUGCUUUUGGAUUCGGCAUUUUUAGAAAGGGAUGGAGGAAACAAUAGAGAGAGCUGUUAGAAACCAGCACUAGCUGCUUGAGCUUUUCUAUGGCAACAGUCUGUUGCUGGGGUCUGGGUUUUUUGGGUUUUGGGUUGUUUUGUUUUGUUUUGUUUUCUUGUCCGAUGAAGUUCAUGAACCAGUGGCAUGCAUUAUACUUUAAUCUGUUUUGCAUCAUUUCACUCGUUUAGAUUAUAAACGCAUGUGGUUUUUUAUAUAUGACUUUUGCUGUUAAUUAAGAAGCACAAUGUUAAUAAAUGAUGUGGUGAUCAAUAAGGUUUUAUCUUAAAGAAUGUAAAGAUUUGAGUUUUUGGAGAGUUAUUUUGGAGAAAUGGGACUCAGUCGGCAAUCGCUACUAUGUAUUUGGUCAAUGUUUUUCUCAAUAAUUUCUUUAAUUUGUACAUUUGCAAGAGUGUUCAGAGUGCCACUCUGACCAUCCUUCCUUCCACUCCGGCCAACUCCUCCUGCUAAACCGUAUUCCAAUUUCCAAGGUUACUAAUUGACUUGAGCCUACUUAAACAAUGCUUCACAGGAACCAAAUGCCAAAAGGAGGAAAUAAGUAAGUCCUCCCAGUUUCUCCAAGAUAAAGCUUUUUUUAUUAUUGCUAUUAAUAUUAAAUAUAGGUCUCAUUCAUACAGUGUAUGAGUAGGAUCAUCAUUUGGACAAUGUCCACAAGGACCAAUUUUUAAAACAUGUUCUUGUGUUAUGGCUAAAUAGUCUAGUAAUGUUUUGUCCUUUAUUUUCAAUAUUUGAUAAAUAUUUGAUGUUGAAAACUUAGAUGAUAGAUGCUUGUAUAUGAAUGUGUUGUUGUAAUAAAGUGAGGUUUUCUUGAUAUAUAUAUUUAUUAAAAUGAUCAAAAUUCA